AUGACGGAACCACAACGUCCAGAUCUUUCCGAGGCAACAGAACUCUCUAGAGCAGAACGCUUUAAAGCUACGCAUCUCGCCGCACGCCAUGGCAACUACCAUCAAUACUACGCCAAGUUCCGCGCCCCCACUGUCCCAGACGAACGUCUUUCAAUCCUUCCAUCAGAGAUCCUUCGCAACGCGCGAGUCAUAGACCUCGGCUGCAACGCGGGCAAAUUGACCUAUGAGGCAAUAGCACACUGCGGCGCGGCCGUCGCGGUCGGCGUCGAUAUCGACCCAUGGCUGAUCGAGCAGGCGAAGGCGACGUAUCCGGAUGGGCCAUGCACAUUUGAGCACUUUGAUUUCGUGGAUACGUCUGCGUACAAGGGUACCGCGCUGGGCAAGUUCGACGUUGUCCUACUGCUCUCUGUAACCAAGUGGAUUCAUCUGAACAACGGUGAUGCCGGGAUACUAGCGCUAUUUGCGCAUAUACGAGACAUACUGAAUGAGGGAGGUUAUCUCGUUGUUGAGCCGCAGCCUAUGAGCAAUUAUGCGAGGGCUUCGAAGAAAAACAAAGAGUUGAGGGAGACAUACAAGACCAUUGAGAUCCAACCACCGUUUGAUGAUGAGUUAAAAACGCAGGGAUUUGACAGAAUCCUGAAAUACGAGAGGGAUGAGGAAGGAUUUGCUCGGCCUGUACAUGUUUGGAGGAAAAAGUCUCACAAGAUAGCCAAUGGAGAUGACUUCAAAUAA